CAAGGGGAAGCUAAGCUUGCGAAAACAAACUAAAAUUUUAAAUAAAAUCCUUACUGAUCGUUGAUUACGUGCUGUAAUUAAAUAAAAUAAUUCGACACAUAAAUUUCAGUAAUAAAAUUUCAUGAUGAUGAUGAUUGAAAGUCUCCGAAUCAGUUAAACAAUAUUUCCAAAGGAAUAACGAAAAUGGAUCACCAGCAAAACUUUGAAUACAACGAUCCAAAUUCUUUUGGAUUUAUGAGCACAUUCGGAAAUGACAAUUAUUUAAUGUCACAACAAGGACAACCACAACAUCUGAAUGGAAAAUCCAUCAUUCAUUCGGCUUCUCUACCUCUUCAAAGUUUUGAUCCUGGGAACACUGUUUCUCAAUUUAUUACUCAACCAACUCCGAUGAUGUUCCAUCUUUCUGAGCCCAUAACUCCUUCUAUCAACCAAGCUCCGCUUUAUCCCACAUCACUUGAUUAUCAGCUAGAUUCCACUCAAUCUGAAUUAAAUAUUAAUUCUCAAAAGGAUCCAAUGUUCAGCAAUGUUGAGAAUCCUUCGCCAACUGUUCCUAAUAAUAUCAUUGAACAAUCAACAACCUCAAACGAUGCCAUCGUUACCACUCUGCAACAAGAAGAAUCGAUUAGUUCUCAAGUGGAACAAGACAAACUUACAAAUAAAGAUGAAACAUGUGUCGAGAAAUCUCAGGAAAAUGUUUUUAGUCCGGAACAAAACAAUAUGAUGAAAGCCCUUGGCGUUGUUCGCAAAGAAAUUUUAAUAAGUGCGAGUGGAUCAAAAAAGCGAAGAAGAAUUUUACAACUUAACGAUGAAGAGGAUUCUGAUGAUGAAAAUGAAUUGAAAAAAGAAUUGUUACAAUCAACACCUGAGAUGAAGAAAGUUGAAGAUGAAGUUGAUACUGAAGACAGCUCACCAGAUAGUGAAAGUGAUGACGAUCCAGCGUUUUCAAAUGAUCCUGAAGCUCUUAAAGCUCGUUCGCUUCUUAAAAGUGCAGUCAUCAUUCAAGGACCUGCAAAUAAAAAAAGAAAAAAGCGUGUGCUUGAAAGUGACGAAGAAGACGAAAUUCAAACAUCAAUUGACGACAUUGGUUUAAGUGAAUCUAAUGAAAAUGAAAACGAAAACGAAAAUGAUGAGCUUUAUGUCGGUGACAUUGUUUUAAGUGAAACAAUUGUAGAAGAAAAAGAAAACAGUAAACCUCCAAACUUAACAGACGAUGGAUUUGUAAUACCAGCACCACCUCCACCAGUAAAGUCAGAAAUAAUCGAAGACAAACAACCUGAAAUCAAUUCUACUCCUGAAAAUGAAACUUCAGUUGAAAAUGUAACUUCUGUAAAGUUAGAAGAUGAUGCAAGUGGCACAAACACGGAAGGCAGUGAAGUUGAUCCUUCCUUGAAUGUUGAAGCUAUUCUUGAAAACAUUAAACCGAUGGCAGACGAUGAUGAGUUCUUUAAAACUGAUGAUAAAUCGGAUGACUCUGAUUGUCAAUUUAUCAGUAAUGAAGAAUAUUUCGGAACACCAGACACAACGAAGCAUCAACCAGCAGGUCGAAAACGUGGACCACGUCCUGGCUUUAAAAGAAAACAACGCCCUAGUUCUACUACACCUAGGAAGAGAUCCAUGAAAUAUGAAAAAGAUUUUGUGGAGGGUUCAAGUGAAUCUGAAGACACAACAUAUUCAGAAUCAACAAGUGAUUCAAGCGACAGUUCUUGCGAAGAAGUCAAGCCGAGAGGAAAACCAGCGAUGAAGAAAUCACCAAUUAUUGUUCAAACUAAAACUUUCUCUGUUACUCGCGUUCCUAUUAAGAAGAAAAUAGUGAAGCGUGAUCGUUUUUAUGAUCGAUCUCGAGAUAUUCCAAAUGAUGUUUAUUUUGGUGAUGUCAAAGUUCCACUUCAUGUGCUUCACACAAGAUGGGAUUCCGAUGUGGAAUCAUCAGGAUCCGAGACUGAAAGUUACACUCGCAGACCUCCCAGCAAAAGUCACUUUAAAAGCAUUCACAAAUCAAGUAGAAGCAAUUUUGGUUUUAAAGUGAAACCUUCUUAUACGAUCAUUGAACAACAAGACGAUCCAAAACUCGCAACUCUUAAAGAGUUUGUGAAAAUGUCAGGAAUAAAAAUUAAUUACACGAGACUUUUCGAUUGUAUACGAUCAACCGAUGAGAAAUGUCAUUUAAUAAGAAGAAUUCUUGCUCAGAAAGGCAUGCAAGGCGAGCCGACGAUUGCUAAAUGUAAGCAACUGAGACUUGAACUUCAAGCGAAGAGAGAAAGUGCUGAACUUGAUAAAAGUGUCAUUAUAAAUACUGAAGGUCGGACACGAAGAGCAACAAGGAAUUUAACUGCCAUGUCAUCGUCGUCUGAGCCUUCGACAAGUAGCGCAACAAUUCAACCUGAAACAUUACAAACUUUAUCAAAAAUUAGACGCGUCGUCGAUUCAGAUUCUGAGUAAGAAAAUUCUCAAAUGUGCAAUGAAGAGUUUAAUGAAUAUAAUUAAUAGAAAGAGAAAUUGUAAAUCAUUUGUUUGUGUAAGGGACUUUUAAUACUAGAAUCAGAAUCUUUAAUUUGUUUUAAAUAACAAAAGUUGGAAUCAAAUAGAGUUUUUUCUGAUUAUUACAAGAAAUUAUCAGAAACAAGGAGUAAAAAUUGCUGAAAAAAUGUUAAUUAGUUUCAGUCUUUGAAUUUAAUUCUUCAAUAAUUAGGUAUCGAUAAUCAUUAUUGCUUUAAACACCCCCAAAUCAGCUUUUCCUUUGUAAAAUAUUGUAAAGUACAAUUAGUUAUAAAGAAACCCAAGAAAUAUGAAUAAAGAAAAGAAAUAAUAAGAGAA